AUGCCUCGCAGCCAAACCCAGUUGCGGGGCCCCAAGGACCGGUCCUCGAAGAAACCGGCGCAAAAGCCAAAGCGCAAGAAUGCCCGGGCAAUGAAUGCUUUAUCUAUUGCUGAACAGGAAAAUCCAACUAAGCUUGGUGUCCGCCGCAAUCGCCUCGGAUUUUACGAUGAUGGUCAAACCCCAAAAAGAUACUCGGCCCGUAACGAGGACGAGGACGAUGAAGACGAUGAACCUACCUAUAAACGCCGACGUACAAAUACCGAACCUGAUGAAAACCACGGCAGUGAUAGUGAAGGCCAUGAGUGGACGCUUGGGCAAGUGGAUAGCGACGACGACAGUGAGCUAGACAGCGACGAAGCCCUAGGUUCUAGCGACGAGGAGCGCUUUGAGGGUUAUACGUUCCGCGGAAGUUCUAAGAGCAAGCCGGCCAAAUCUAAGAAGCCCACAUCCAAAAAACAUGCUGCGAUUAGCCUAUCGGAAGACGUUGAAUCCGAGGAAGAGUCACUCGAUAACGAGGAGGACGAGGAAGACGAUGAUCUGGGAGAGGAUGCUGUAGAUCUUGCGACCGCCUGGGACAUGAACACUGCCGAGGAAGAAGCAGACGCAAAGAGGGCUUCUAAAAAGGCUAAAAAGGCUGCUCUCGAUAUUGACAGUGAAGGCUCUGGCUUCGGCUCGGGCUCAGGCUCAGAAUCAGACUCAGAAUCAGACUCAGAGGGCGAAAGCGAGGGUGAUGAAAGUGACGACACUGGACUGUCAUUCUCUGAUGACGAGGACGAUACGAAAACAGAUGGCCUUUCGAAGUUGCAGGAUUUUGUCAAUUCUAUGGCCACCACAGGUCGUAAAAAGUCCUCACAAAAGUCGCAGGAACAGGCUAAGCCUUCGGAAUACGGCCUGACGUCCUCCCGCAAGCUGACUGUUGCCGAUCUUCUCCCCUCGAUCACAGAUUCUCGUCUCAAGAGCUCUCUCAAACAUGUGGAUGCUACACCCGAGCUGUCCAAGGCUGGAAUCCCUGGCAAACUCGAUGCCCCUUUGGCAAAGCGCCAGCAAGACAAACUUGACCGCUCUGCUGCCUACGAGAAGAGCAAAGAAACUCUUGACCGGUGGCUUGAGACUGUCAAGGCUAACCGCAGAGCCGAGCAUCUCUCAUUUCCUCUCCCUGACCCCGAUGCAGGCCAGGUGGAUCGUAUCCAAGUGGUGAAGCCGGCCAAUGACCUGGAGACCACCAUUCAGAGCAUUCUGGCGGAGAGUGGACUCGUUGAAUCAAACGGCAAGUCCGCGGAAGACCAAGUUCAGAAUUUUGAGAACCUCGAAGCCCGAAAGCUACCAAUUGAGGAGAUUCAGGCCCGACGUGCUGAGCUUAGAAAGCGACGCGACCUGCUCUUCCGUGAAGAAGUCCGCGCUAAGCGUAUCAAGAAAAUCAAGAGUAAGUCUUUCCGUCGUGUCCACCGCAAGGAACGCGAGCGCCUUGAACAACAAGAACGCCAGGCUAUGUUGGAAGCCGGUGUCGACAUGGAUGAAGCGGAUCGCGAUAAGAACGAACGUCGGAGGGCCGAAGCUCGCAUGGGCUCUAAGCACAGGGACAGCAAGUGGGCCAAGAGCUUGAAAGAAACUGGCCGAACCGCUUGGGACGAAGAAGCCCGCAACAACGCGGCCGACUUGGCGCUCAGAGAAGAAGAACUUCGCAAACGGAUCGAAGGAAAACGUGUCACCACUGGCGACGACGACUACCUUGGGUCCUCAAGCUCGGAAUCGGAUGAUGACGAUGACCCCUGGGCCUCGGAUGCUUCUGAGAAAGAGAAGGACAAGAUGCGGAGCAAGCUCAGCGCAUUGGAAAAGACUGAGAAUAACGAGGAAAUCAAGGGACCUCACUCAAAUCUAUUCAACAUGAAGUUCAUGCAAAAUGCUGAAGCCUCUCGUAAGGCCGAGAACGAUGCAGAGAUCAGAAGACUCAACCGUGAAUUGCGUGGAGAAGAGUCGCAGUCUGAAGCAGAGUCUGAAGUCGGCCGACGUAAGUUUGGGCAAUCAAAGAAGACAGGGAAUGAGCCCAAGAUCAAGGCGCCUGCAAGGAAUGACUUCGAAGAAGCGCCUGAUUCCGACGAGGAAGAUCAAGGCGCAGAUCACUCGGGCGCCACCCCCAUGGUGGAUGACUCGGCGAAGAAACCUGCAGCAAAGAAAGCUACCCUUUCAGAGCCAAAGAGUGUCAAAAAUGCUCCCCGACCUUCGCAGGCUAUGUUCAGUGAGCCUAAGGAGAAGCUUGAAGAGAACCCGUGGCUGGUUUCAACUGAGCGCACUAACCGUCGCCGGACUGGCGGCGAUGCGAACGAUGCUAUGGAUAUCAUUCUUGAUGACGAACCACCUCAGCCAGCCAAGGAAGCUGCUCCCAAACAGAACAAAGCCAGCAAGGCGGUCCAAGCAAAGAAGCGUUCUAGACAAGAUGACAGUGAUGAGGAGGAGAAUGAACCUGUCCUGCUCAAGAACCAUGACUUGGUCAAGCGAGCAUUCGCUGGUGACGAAGUCGUGCAAGAUUUCGCUCAGGAGAAGAUGGACACGAUCGAGGAUGAAGGCGACAAAGUCGUGGACAACACUCUUGACGGCUGGGGAAGCUGGACCGGCGAAGGAGUCAGCAAGAAGUCACAGAAGAACAAGAAGCGAUUCCUGACCACUGUCGAGGGUGUCAAGCCAGAGCAGCGUAAGGAUGCCAAGCUCAGUCGGGUUAUCAUCAAUCAAAAGCGAGUCAAGAAGAACACCAAGUACAUGGCCAGCCAAUUGCCCCAUGAGUUCGAGUCGAAAGCGCAGUACGAGCGGUCCUUGCGGAUGCCAUUGGGCCCGGAGUGGUCCACAAAGGAAACGUACCAGGAUGGUACCAAGCCUCGCAUCUUGAUGAAACCAGGAAUCAUCAAGCCUAUGGAGAAACCGAUGGUAUAA